AUGAUCAAAUCCGUCAUUACCCGACCAUUGAACAUGGUUUCUUCAUCUUGCCGUACAUUAGCAAGUUCUGCACAUUUAGAGUUUCUCGACAAAUACGAUCCUCAACAAGUCACAUUACUUUAUGAACCAUUGAUGGUUGUUGAUCUGAACGAUAACAUCAUUGGAAAAACAACAAAGAAAGAUGCACAUCUUUUAGAAAAUAUCGAAGCCGAACCAUCAUUAGUCCAUCGAGCAUUCUCAUUUUUCUUAUUUGACAUUUCUACUACGCCAUCGCGUCUGAUUUUACAACAACGUGCGCCAGAAAAAAUCACCUAUCCAUCUUUAUGGGCAAACACAUGCUGUAGUCAUCCGCUGUACAACGACAUAGAGAUGAAUGGCGUUGAGGGUGUCAAACAUGCUGUCAUUCGACGAGUGAAAUAUGAACUCGGCUAUGAACUUGAUCUCGAUUUAGUUUAUUUAACUCGAAUUUUCUAUCAAGCAAGAAACAUUCCCGACGAUGGUAUAUUUGGUGAAAGCGAAAUCGAUUAUAUUAUCUUUGCUAAACAUAAACAAACACCGAAAUUGGAUUUAGUAACUGAUUUCCAAUUGAAUAAAAACGAGGUGAAACAAAUCCAAUCGAUGACUUUGAAAGAUUGCGAAGAACUUGUUGAAAAAGGUUUAGCAACACCAUGGUUUGCUCGAAUUGUGAAAGAAGGUUUAUUGGCCAACUGGUGGGCGGCAUUGGAUAAAAACGAAUUGAAAGAUAACGACGGACAAUCUGAUAAGAUAAUACAAUUGUGA